UUUAUUCGCCUCCUCUGAAACUGGGACCUGAGCUAUACAAAUGAAUCUGCUUGUGUGCCGACUUAUCUCUUUUCUCUCCUUGCCACACUUCCCUCCAUCCUCUUCUCAUCUCCGUCACUCUCUGUAAGACUAAUCCAGUGCCUGUUGUCAAUGUCAAUUGCUUCACACUGUCUGACCAUACUGCAUAGUUUUAUAGUCAUAGCUGCUGAUUUAGUAACAUUUUUCAAUACAUAAUUGCCAUAGAAAGAAAAAAAAAUAUUGCUUUUUGUACCAUAACUAGAAUUCCAAAUUAAAUUUUGAUGCUUUAGGUCUACCCAUCAUCAUUGGAACCUUAAAAAUGUCACUUGUAAUCCCCUCAUCCUGUGCAGCGCCCUUGCAUUUUUCUCAACGGGAGAUUAGGAGUUUGAGUUCCCACCAAAAAUUUGCCUCUUAUUAUUCCAUCACCCCUUUUCAACAUAAAGUGGCUUUGAGUUGUAAAACGAGGCAUAUAAGGACUCACUUGAGAAAUGAACUAAAUGUUCUUCAUAAGUAUGCAGUUAGGUCUAAGGGGCAUGAUUUUGAGUCAAUUAAUGAUGAGUCCUUGGGUUGGGAUGAUGAUGAAGAAGUCGAAGAUAUGGGGUCGCCUUGGGAAGGUGCAGUUAUAUACAAAAGAAAUGCAACAAUUUUACAUCUGGAGUACUGCACUACCUUGGAGAGGUUAGGUCUAGCAAAGCUUUCAAGUGAUGUCUCAAAAACUAGGGCUGCUGCAAUGGGAUUACGUGUUACGAAAGCCGUGAAGGACUUUCCAAAUGGCACUCCUGUUCAGAUAUCUAUAGAUGUGACCAGGAAGAAGAAAAAAUUGAGGCUUGAUGGGAUCAUAAAAACUGUCAUCACUCUUCUUUGCAAUAGGUGUUGCGCGCCAUCUGCUGAGAGCAUAUUCUCUGAGUUCUCACUUUUACUCACUGAUGAACCCAUUGAAGAACCAGAGACUAUUGAUAUGGGUGUUAUUUUUGGGGAAGACAAACUUACAACCUCUGGAAACAGUGGUGAGGAUGACGACGACGAUGCACUUAUUGACAUGGAUGAUCAACUAUAUUUUCCUCCACAACAGAGACAAAUUGACAUUUCAAAGAACAUAAGGGACAGGGUGCAUCUUGAGAUUACCAUGAAUUCAGUAUGUGGUCCUGGGUGCAAAGGCAUGUGCCUGAAAUGUGGUCAAAACUUUAACACUGGCAAUUGCAAUUGUAGCAAGGAGGAAGUACAAGAGAAAAGCUUUGGCCCGCUUGGAAAUUUGAAAGAGAAGAUGCAGUUGUAACAAUUAUGAAGUUCAUGUGCAGAUUUUGCUCACAGUGCUGUAUCGUUAUGUGUAGAAGUCCUGACCUUAAUGAAUUUUAUUUUUUUUAUGUUCUGACAUUGUUAAGCGCCUACCAAGAGCUCUUGGAUCCAUGAUCAUACAUGGCAUGGAUGAUGGAUGUUAUUGAAUAUAGAUCCAUGGAGCAUUGUUCUGGUUCUAGCUACGCCUUAAAGUAUGCCUUUGGAAUGCUUCUUUCCAUAUGUAUUAGAUCCAUGAUCAUACAUUAGUACUAUUUAAAUAUAAUAUAUAAUUAAUAUUACA